AUGGCCAGGGCACGCGUACGCCACGCCGGCGGCGAAAUCGGCGACGACAUCCUCCUGGAAGUCUUCGCGCGCCUGCCGGGCUACCAGGACAUUCUCCGGUGCGCGGCGACGUGCAAGCGAUGGUUCGGCCUCAUCACGGACCCGGCCUUUCUUCGGCAGGUCGGCCUCUGGCCGGAGACGGCGCGCCGCCCGUCCGUCCUCGUAGGGAUAUUCUCCCAGAGAUCACAGCCCAGAACAUCGAUGAAGCCCUUGAAGAGGAAACCCUGUACCCCUCCGGAGUUCCUAAGCCUUGGGGCCGGCGGCGCGCACCUCACAUUCAACUCGUUCGUCCACAACGACGAUGGGCUCUUCAACCUCGCGAGGCCACUGGCGUCGCGCCGUGGUUUCCUCGUCGUGCGCGCCUUGCUGCCUGGCCAUAAGAAGCUCCGUCUAGCAGUGUGCCGCCCGCUGAUCGAGAGGCGGGACACGCAUCUUCUCCCAGAGCCUCCCUUGGACCCAAGCCCCACGUCCCUGGAUAGAGAUACAGUUGGCUGGGCGCUUCUCACAAGCGCAGACAAUGGCGACGACGGCUAUGCAAAUUCGGACGACCGGCGCCACUCUACGUUCCAAGUUCUUCUGAUUUACGUCGAUGAGGACGGACUUGUGUACACAUGCAUGUACUCCUCCGACAGGGGUGUUUGGAGCGCACCCACCAUGUGUGGUCGGCUACCUUCAGGUCUCACUAGGCGUGGCCCGCGUGCUGGCGUUGUGACCCGCGGCGGCACCGCACAUUGGUUGCACGGAGACAAGACAAGUUUCCACAUCUUCAGCUUGGCAGAUCUGGGUAACAAGAAAAUAAACCUUGUCUUCUUUGCAGAGAAAAGAGACGCUUUACUUGUGGAGCAGGCUGGUGAUUUCUUCACUAUCGACCUCACGAGUAAGGAAAAAAAUGUUGAUUGA